GCGGCGCUGCGGUCCGCCGCGGCGCUGAGGGGCGGCCUCGCCUCCGCGCCCGCUCGGCGGCCCAGCCCCGGGGCGGGGGCGGGCAGAGCCCUGCGCCGCGCCGAGCAUGCGAGUGCCGGCGGGGCGGGCUGCAGCGGCCGCGGGGCGGGCUGCAGCGGUCGCGGGGCGUCUGCGGCGGCCAGCCGGAGCCGGGGGAGGCGGCGGGCCGGGGCCGGCCGCGGCGGCGGCGGAGCAGCCAUGCUGCUGGCCUCGGCCGUGGUGGUGUGGGAAUGGCUGAACGAGCACGGGCGGUGGCGGCCCUACAGCCCGGCCGUCAGCCACCACAUCGAGGCGGUGGCCCGCGCCGGGCCGCGGGCGGGCGGCAGCGUAGUGCUGGGCCAGGCCGACAGCCGCCUGGCGCCCUACAUCAUCGACCUGCAGUCCAUGCACCAGUUCCGCCAGGACACCGGCACUAUCCGCCCUGUCCGGCGCAGCUACUACGACCCGUCGUCGGCGCCGGGCAAGGGAGUCGUGUGGGAGUGGGAGAACGACAGCGGGUCGUGGACGCCCUACGACAUGGACGUGGGCAUCACCAUCCAACGUGCCUAUGAGAAACAGCACCCCUGGGUGGACCUGAGCGCCAUUGGCUUCUGCUACAUCAUCGACUUUGCCACCAUGGGCCAGAUCAACCGGCAGACCCAGCGCAAGCGCCGCGUCCGCCGCCGCCUUGACAUGGUCUACCCAUUGGUCUCGGGCACUCUGCCCAAGUCACAGUCCUGGCCAGCCAGCCCUGGGGCAGCGGCGGCCCCCCCGGUCCCUGCCUGCGCCUGUCCCCAGUGCCUCCUGGUCAUGAGCGUCAAAGCCACCGCGUCAGCCACUGGCCCUGGCACCGCCACCCUGCAGCCCCGCAAAGCCCCCCCCGCACCACCCGCUGUCCCCAAAGCCCCAGCGCCGGCCCCAGGGGCCAAGAUACCUGACGGUAUGGCCACGGUGCGUGGCUCGCUGAAGCCACUGGCAGCCCAAGGGGGCCGGCGGCAGGCAGCCAGCACACCCACCUUGAGCUCAGCCAGCUCCGCCGCCAGCCCCCCUGGCACAGGCAGUGGCAAGGCAUCCCAUCCUGGCCUCAGCACCCUGAACCGCAGCCACCUCCAGCGCCUGGCCAUUGCCCAGUCCCGGGUGCUCAUUGCCUCUGGGGUCCCCACUGUCCCCGUGAAGAACCUCACCGGCUCCAGCCCUGUCAACCCAGCACUGGCAGGGAUCACAGGGAUCCUAAUGAGUGCAGCCGGGCUGCCCGUCUGCCUGACACGGCCCCCCAAGCUGGUGCUGCACCCCCCGCCUGUCAGCAAAAGUGAGAUCCAGUCCAUUCCCGGCAUCUCCCACACCUGCCGCAAGACCACCAAGAAACAGGCCAAGAAGGGUAAAACCCCGGAGGAGGUACUGAAAAAAUACCUGCAGAAGGUGCGGCAUCCGCCGGAUGAGGACUGCACCAUCUGCAUGGAGCGCCUCUCUGCACCCUCUGGCUACAAGGGGCCGCAGCCGGCUGUCAAGCCCGACCUGGUGGGGAAGCUGGUGAAAUGCGGCCACGUCUUCCACCUCCACUGCCUGGUCGCCAUGUACAACAACGGCAACAAGGAUGGGAGCCUGCAGUGUCCCACCUGCAAAACCAUCUAUGGGGUGAAGACAGGGACACAGCCCCCAGGGAAGAUGGAGUAUCACAUCAUCCCUCACGCGCUGCCUGGCCACUCUGACUGCAAAACCAUCCGCAUCAUCUACAACAUCCCCCCGGGGGUGCAGGGACCGGAGCAUCCAAACCCUGGGAAGAGCUUCACUGCCCGUGGCUUCCCCCGGCACUGCUACCUGCCGGACAGCGAGAAGGGCAGAAAGGUACUGAAGUUGCUGCUGGUAGCCUGGGACCGGCGCUUGAUCUUUGCCAUCGGGACCUCCAGCACCACAGGUGAGUCGGACACGGUAAUCUGGAAUGAGAUCCACCACAAGACGGAGUUCGGCUCCAACCUCACCGGCCACGGCUACCCGGACAUCAACUACCUGGACAAUGUCCUGGCUGAGCUUGCGGCCCAGGGCAUCACGGAGGAGAGCCUGGCGCAGGAGAAAGACUGAGACUGCGGCAGGAAGGCAAGGGAAGGGGUGCCCGUGCUGCCCCCCACCAAGGAUAAAGCUGCUGGAGAAACCCGCCUGGGGGCUUUGCAGGGGGCACUGGGAGCCCUGUGCUCCCAGUGGCACCCGCCCAGUGGGAACAUCCCCAGGCUGGCCGGGAAUGUGGGAGAAGGUCCUUUUGGCCAUCCCCGUCACUCCCGCGGGGAGGGAGCCUUGCCCCUGCAGAGCCACGGGGCUUCACCCUGGCCUGGCCGUUCCUUCCAGCCGGUGUCCUGUCCCUGCUGCCGCCGUGCAGAGAGCUUGGGGCGCGCCAGGCUGCCCUCCCUCCUCAUCCAUCGGACGGUCCCAGCCUGGCCCGAUGCCCCUGACAACCACCUGGGGCUGGGACCCGGCCUGGGGUGGGAGUGGAGGCCAUGGGAGUCCCCCUCGCUCCGCCUCGUCCCUCAGCCAUCUGUUUGUUUGUCCUGUCCGGUACCUCCCCACUGGUCUCCUGUGUCCACGGAGGUUGGGGGGGCCCUGGUCUGCCUCUGCCAGCCCCCCAGCCCCGUGCCCCCUUCUCCUCUUGGCUGUGUCUGAGCUGUGCCCUGCAGGGUCCCCUUGCCUGAGCUGCCUCCCCUCCCAGUGGCAGGGAGGGGCCGGUGAGUGGUAGGAAGUGGGUGGGGAGGCCUGGCCUGUUCCCCACCCCCUCUGUAGUGGGUUCCUUGAACUGUUCGUAUGGGGGCAUCCCCGCGUUGAAUUUUUAUAUACCUCGUGUUUUGGGGUUUUGUCCUGUAUAUGUACAUACAGGUGGUGGCAUUUUGGAAGGUGGCCUGGGGGCUGGGAGAAUGCGAUGCUGUGGCUGGCCUGGGGGGCUGAGCCUGGUGGUACUGGGGGGGGGGGGGGGGCAGGAUGGGGGGCAGCACUGCUCCCCUACUGCGGGGACACCCUGCCCUGAAGGACAUCAGUGCCCCACGGUAGCGCUGUCACCUGUGGGUCCCGAUGCAGGUGUGGGUGGGAACUGCUCCCCUUUCUGCUGGGUCCCAGCACCAUCCCCAGAGUCCUUGGGGAGGUCUUUGGGGGCCGGGGGGGGGGAGACAGCUGGCUGGCAGUGAGUUGGCAUGGUGGUUUUGGGCUGGGGCCAGGGGUGUUGGCAUGAGAGGGGAGUGUGGGUGGUGGUGGGGGAGUUGCAUGGCAUCUUGGGGUCCCCACCAGCCCCCAGGGGACUUCAUAGGGCCUCCCAGAACCACCUGUGACAGGGUGCUGGAGAGAUCCCCACAGCUUUGUGGGCUGCCCUGGGGGCACUCUCCCCAUUGAUGGGGGCUGUUUGCAGCUCAUGCCCCUGUCCCACGAUACCCCCAGGGUUGGAGAGCGGAGAGGGGGGCAGCACCCACCACUGCCCAGGCUGCCCCCAGGCCUGCACUGUUGCUCCUUGGGGGUUUGGGGCCUCCUAGCCCAUUUUUGUUGCAUUCCCCUCCUGGUUUUCCUGGGGGGGGGUCACCUCACCCUUUGUCCCAGGGGACAGUGGUGUGGGAGGGGGACCCGUCCUGCUGUGCAUCGUUCUGUUGUUGUUGCUGUUUUUCCUCUCCCCAGCCUGGUGGAUGUGUUGCCCCCAGCCAGCCACCCCGCAGCGGGGAGGUCGGGGGGGGGGGUGUCAAUAAAGCGGAUGGCAGGGGAUGCUCGCUGUCCCUGCACGGC